CUGCCCCGGGCGCGCACCUGCUGAGGACCUGCGCACCUGGGCGCCGGGAGGCUCGCCCCGCCGAGGCGUGCGUGGGAGGGGCGGUGGGAGUGGGCGCUUCCUGGGCAGGAGAUGAUCAAAGGAGUUCAUGGAAAAUGCGAGAGAGCACAGUGGUACACGAGGAGUUCAGCUUCAAGGAACAUUUAUUAGGGACUUCCGACUUUCAGAAAUGCUCUUUCCAAGUCUUUUUAUUACUUGGUUAUUAACAGAUAGUGAAGUGAACGCCAUGAAUUCUGUGAGUUGCAAACAUUUCAGGUAAAGCGAACAGUACGGCCGGUCAUUACAUCAGGCGCCUAUGUUAAGAAGUUAGACUGUGAUCAUUACCAUGGCCUAUGGCUUGCCAAGGAAGAACGCGGUGAAAACCCUGUUCCGGGGCAGUUGUUAUAAAAUACAGGAACCUUGGGAACUUGCACUGCUUACAAAGACCUGGUACACGAACCUAGCCAACAUCAAGUUGCCUUUCUUGGAAGAAAUUACAUUUGGUAGUCCUGUACACCUCAAAAAAAAUAAAACCACUAAGAAUGUUCGCCUCCCUUCUGCAGAAUCCAUCAAACUUGAAAGGGAGUAUGAAAUGAAGCGCUUGAAUCACUUGAAAUGUCAGGAAAAUGUAGCCGAGGAAAUUCAGUUUUCCCUAAGAGAAAGGCCAGUUGGUUUGAGAAGACCUCUUCCGCCUAAGUGAUCAUCAUCUCAUACAGGCAAUCUGCACACUGUGCUUUCCACAUCCAAAGGCAGUGAAGGCAACGAAGGUCUCCAACCUUUCACUCCAGCCUUUUGCUGUGCAUAUUCUGGUGCAGACAUACGAAUGCCUACUGGUGGAUGAGCUGGCUCCUGUGGGUUGAUGAAACAGCUCUGACGGAUCUUCUGGGUCCCUGCCACAUAUUUCUUCCUUUGUAUUGCAAGUGAUGACACUUCAGCCUCGCUCUGCACAAAACAUUGCCUCCUGGUUCUUUGAGAUCCCCAUUGAAUUUGGAGAAAUUAUGUCUUGGCAUUCAACCUAUUUUCCUGGAACACAAUGCGAUGCUGACGACACAGGCUAGUCACUCCACUUGACAAUAAAUGUGCUUGUCUCA